CCAGAAUAGAAGCGCUAGUGUAGUUCCAAAAACAUUUUCAUCUCAAACUUCAAAAUAAAACUAACACGUAAAAAUAUAAAUAUAUUUCAAUUACCAUGGCGGAUGAUGAUUUGGACAAAAUUCGUCAACAAAGACUUGCUCAAUUGCAAGCACAAUACGGGGGCGGAGAAGGUCUCGAAAAACAAAAGGCUCAAGAAGAACAAGUUAAGGCUGCAGAGGAUGCUAAAAAUUCCAUUCUGGCACAAAUAUUGAGCCAGUCUGCACGAGCACGAUUGAAUACAAUAAAAAUUAGCAAACCCGAAAAAGCUCAAAUGGUCGAACAGAUGCUAGUGCGCAUGGCCCAGAAUGGACAGCUACGUGGCCAAAUCGAUGAACCUCAAUUGAUAGAACUCUUGCAAAACGUAAACCAGCAAAUGCCCCAAAAAAAGACAAGCGUGAAAUUUGACAGGAGACGUGCUGCCUUAGACUCUGAUGAUGAAUUCUGAUUAAACCUGUCUUGUGUUCAAUAAAACUUGCAAUUGCUUUUUAUAUUAUAUAUAAUUCAUUGUUGACUAGAUCAUACAUAAAAACCAUACAAAAUGUAAUGAACUCUUGGCUCUUAUUCUUUCUUUUCAUG